CUGCCCCUGACACUCGCCCGCCCGCGCCUCCCGGGGCGGCCGGUGCUGCCCGCGGCUCCGGGACCAUGGACCGGCUCAGCGUGCUAGACCAGCUCCUGCCAGAGCUCAGCGUCUUGCUCAAGCUGCUGGACCAUGAGUACCUGAGUGCCACCACGCAGGAGAAGAAGCUGGCUGUCUCCACCAUCCUGCAGAAACUACAGCCACCUGCAGGGAAGGACGUGGACUACAUGUAUGUCAACACAGCAUCCCUGAGCAAUGGCACCAGCUUUGUGGAGUCUCUCUUUGAGGAGUUUGACUGUAACCUGCAGGAACUCCAGGACAUGCAGGAGGAGGAGGGCGAUGCCAGCGAUGGUGUUGGCUUGGAGCUGGCAAGGAGCCAAACAGCAAAACCUGUUCCUGUGGAUCCUGCUCCACCACUGCCCACCACUCCCCCACCUGAGGAUUACUAUGAGGAAGCCCUUCCUCUGGGCCCUGGCAAGGCCCCCGAGUACAUCACCUCCCGCAACAGCUCCAGCCCCCCCAACUCCAUCGAGGAUGGCUAUUACGAGGAUGCAGACAGCAACUACCCUGUCACCAGGAUAAACGGGGAGCAAAAAAAUUCCUACAAUGACUCGGAUGCCAUGAGCAGCUCUUACGAGUCGUAUGACGAGGAGGAGGAGGAGGGGAAGAGCCAGCAGCUGACACACCAGUGGCCAUCAGAGGAAGCCUCCAUGAACCUGGUGAAGGAUUGCAGGAUUUGUGCUUUCCUGUUGCGGAAGAAGCGCUUCGGACAGUGGGCCAAGCAACUCACCAUCAUACGGGACAGCAAGCUGCUGUGCUACAAAAGCUCCAAGGACCGGCAGCCACAUGUGGAGGUGCCCCUGGGCACCUGCAACGUCAUUUACGUCCCCAAGGAUGGGCGGCGCAAGAAGCACGAGCUGCGGUUCUCGCUGCCGGGGGCCGAGGCGCUGGUGCUGGCUGUGCAGAGCAAGGAGCAGGCUGAGGAGUGGCUGAAGGUGAUAAAGGAAGCCAGCAGCCCAGCAGCGGGCGGGAUGGAAGCCCCCACCUCCCCAGUGAUGCCGUGCAAGAUGGACCUGGAUAAGCGGCUGUCUCAGGAGAAGCACACCUCGGACUCGGACAGCGUGGCCACGGGUGACACUGCCUCCUCCACGGCCCGCAGGGAGCACAGCGAGCACGGGAAAGGCAAAAAGAGCGGCUUGGCUGACCUGAAGGGCUCCAUGAGCCGAGCAGCAGGGAAAAAGAUCACCAGGAUCAUCAGCUUCUCCAAGAAGAAGCCUUCUCCUGAGGACACACAGACCUCCUCCACUGAAGAGGACAUCCCCUGCUGCGGCUACCUCAGUGUCCUGGUUAACCAGUGCUGGAAGGAGCGCUGGUGUCGCCUCAAGGGCAACACCCUCUACUUCCACAAGGACCGCACCGACCUACGGACCCACGUGAAUGCCAUCGUGCUGCGGGGCUGCGAGGUGGUCCCUGGGCUGGGCCCCAAACACCCCUUUGCCUUCCGCAUCCUGCGCAACGGGCAGGAGGUGACUGCGCUGGAGGCAAGCUGCUCCGAAGACCUGGGUCGCUGGCUGGGUCUCCUCUUGGUGGAGACAGGCUCCAAGACAGCACCAGAGGCCUUGCACUAUGACUACGUGGAUGUGGAGACGAUUGCCAACAUAGUGACGGCUGUGAGGCACUCCUACCUGUGGGCCAGUUCCUCCCAGGAUCACCAGCCAGACUCCUCCCGUGUGGUGUACGAUGAUGUCCCGUAUGAGAAGGUUCAGGCCGAGGAGGAUCCCGGGCGGCCAGCAGGAGCCCAGGUGAAGCGCCACGCCUCCUCCUGCAGCGAGAAGUCACGGCGGGUGGACCCACAAGUGAAAGUGAAGAGGCACGCCUCGAGUGCCAACCAGUACAGGUAUGGGAAGAACCGGGCCGAGGAGGAUGCACGGCGAUUCCUGACAGAGAAGGAGAAGCUGGAGAAGGAGAAGGCAUCGAUCCGCAGCGAGCUGAUGUUGCUGCGGAAAGAGAAGCGAGAGCUGCGGGAAGCCAUGAAGGGCAGCACGGCAGGGAUAAAGCUGCAGGAGCUGGAGCAGCGGGUGGCCGCGCUGGAGGAGCAGUGCCGGCAGAAGGAGGAGCGCCGCGUUGAUCUGGAGCUCAAGCUGACCGAAGUAAAGGAGCAGCUGAAGCAGUCGCUGGCAGGAGGGCCGGCCCUGGGGCUGGCCGUGACCACCAAGGCUGAGAAUGGGGAAGCUACAAACAAGCCAAAUGGGAGCCCCCCUGAGCACUUGGUCCCUGUUAACUGUGCAGCUGAGCUGAGGAAGAGAAGUCCCUCCAUCAUCCCUGCCAACAAGGGAAACGUGCUGCGGAAGGCCAAGGAAUGGGAAAAGAAGCAGACUUAAGCCAGCCUGCCAAGCCCCUGAUGGACACUGGGGCUCAAGGAGGAGCUACACGCCCCCUUUCUCCAAGACACUGGGAGGGUGCUGGGAAGGCAUGGUGGGAAGAGACAUUCUCCCAGACCCCACCACUGUGGCACCAUCUGCCUCAUGGGCAACACUACAAACCAAGGGGAAAGGGGCGGGAGGGGGAUU